CGUGCCUUCCACAUAUGGGAACGCGGAGUGUCAGCAGAACACAAGCGCACAGUGUGUGUGGGAGAGAGAGAGAGACAGCGUUCCGGAAUAACACCCACACUGAGGUGUGUGCAAACCCAGCAAUCACUCCCGGAGCAGCAGCAAUCCGGAGCAGGAUCCCAGGUCGAGCUCGCUGCUUGCCAGCUGUUGUAAUAUAAACGGUGCCGACACCCGGAGCGGCUGCAAAAACAAAACAAAAAAAACCUGAAAAAGGAGCGGUAGCGCCGACUUCGUCAUUCCCAACGGGAAUCGGGAUCGGAGCUGGAUCAGGGAGCAAGCGAGGAUUAGAUCAGCAGUGGUAUGACAGGGAGACCAGGAUCAAAUCAGGAGUAGGUUUAAACCUGGAGCACGAUUGGAAGGGAAACCGGGAACGGAUCUGGAGUAGGAAGUCAGGAUCAGACCAGCAAUUCGAUUAGACCAGGAGAAGGUUUAGAAUAGGGGCAACAUCAGAGGGGAAACCAUGGUCAGAGACCAGCAGUAAGAUUAAACCAAGAGCAAAGUGUGAGGGGGAAUUAGGAUUAGACCAGAAACAGAGUUAGGUCAGGAUUAGACCAGGAGCAGCAUCAGAAAGGAAACUGACAGUUUACCUAGAACUGGAUGAAAGAGGAACCAGGACCAAACUUGGAGCAGGGUUUGAGGAGGACUGGGAUCAGGGUAAAGUUUGUUUGGGAUUGCCUUUGGUAAUUCAAACACUGGUUUAGUGUUUUACUUAGGAUUUCUCCCUAGGGAAGUACACUUGUCUGGUGAAAGGGUUGCCAAGGUCCUAACAUGGGGUCGUAUGCUGAUGAAUUGGCUGAUAAUCAAUAAGUUGGUCUCUGGUUAUUAACUGAUGAAUUAUCAUUUUCUCGGCCUAUCAUUGUUGGAUUAUCCAUUCAUUGGAGCCAGAUUACCAAUAGAUCAGGAUUUGAUUAUUUCCUGAUUGAUCAUCAAUGAUUUUGACUUUCUGGAUUAACAAAACUGGAUUACCAACUGAUUGUUACUGGAUUAUUACUUCACUGGAACCAGAUCACUGACUGACUCAUAAAUCAGAAGUUACUUAUUGUCAUAUUAUCAAUUGACUGUCAAGAUAUCAUUGAUUUCUCCUCCAUUGCUAAUCCAAGCUAGUGGUGCAUUAUUAAUUAGAGCUGAUUACUUCUGAUUGAUCAAUUUGAAAUCACCUGCAUGUGGACCCAUCUCUGAUUCUGGUGGUUUGAAGACCUGCCUAUAAAUCCUGGAAAUCUUCCCUCUGUCCUCCUCAUCCUAUCAUUAAGAGAUUCUUUGAUUUGGGAAAGAUGUGAAUUGGAUUUCAGGAGUGGGGGGGAGGGGAGAUGUCGAGAGAAUCAGCGCUCAGAUUGGACCUGUCCAGUGAUGUAUUGAUACCUGACCCUGGGCCAUAUUCUGCUCCGGUGCUGGGUACGAUACCUGGGUGCAGCCAUCUCCGCCCCUCUUCCUACAGAGCGCUGCGUAGCGCAGUCUCCACUCUGACCAGGAUUGAUGACUUCCACUGUGAGAAAAUUGGGUCAGGAUUCUUUUCUGAGGUGUUCAAGGUGCGACACCGGAUAUCUGGGCAGGUGAUGGUUCUCAAGAUGAACAAGCUGCCAAGCAACCGUGCCAACAUGCUUCGCGAAGUGCAGCUGAUGAAUCGGCUCUCGCACCCCAACAUUCUGCGGUUCAUGGGUGUCUGUGUUCAUGAAGGCCAAUUACAUGCUCUGACAGAGUACAUUAAUGGAGGGAGCCUCGAGCAAGUGCUGGGCAGCAAUGAGUAUUUGUCUUGGUUGGUGAGGAUUAAGCUGGCUUUGGACAUUGCAAAAGGCCUGUGCUACCUGCACUCCAAGGGAAUCUUUCAUCGUGAUUUGACAUCGAAGAAUUGCCUGGUGAAGCAUGAAGGGAAAUCAUACACAGCUGUGGUGGGAGACUUUGGCCUUUCAGAAAAAAUCCCAAAUUAUAGUGGUGAUGGGGAGAAGGAGCGCUUGGCUGUGGUUGGAUCACCCUACUGGAUGGCACCUGAGGUCCUGAGAGGAGAGCUAUAUGAUGAGAAGACGGAUGUCUUCGCUUAUGGCAUCAUUUUGUGCGAGAUCAUUGCUCGGAUACCAGCUGAUCCAGAUUAUCUGCCCCGCACUGAGAAUUUCGGCCUAGACGUGAAUACUUUUGAGACGAUGGUGGGAGACUGUCCGCCUCCAUUCUUGAAGCUGGCUAUCCACUGCUGUGUUAUGGAUUCCACUCAGCGCCCAUCCUUUGCAGAGAUUGUCCAGAAGCUGGAGGCCAUGCUGGAGCUCUGUAAAAACACAGAUUCACGGCUGGAGAAUGCAGAACAGCACUUCACUGUGCAAGUUUCAACUAUACACAAUGGCAACAGCGAGUGUGAAUUGAAUGGAAACGGAGGCCUGGACCGAGAUCUUUCCAACAGCCUGCGGGUUCAAUGCGAGCCCCGUUUGUCCCGGAGCUACUCGGACAUGUUCUCCCGGACGGCCCUUGGGGUCGACGGCCUCGGCCCGGCCGCUCGGGUCAACCCGUUUUCCGGCCGGGAUGACCUGAAAGGCGGCAAGACCAAACUGUACGACUCGCCGAGCCGCUCGGUCAUCUCGCUGAGCUUCGAGCUGCUGCCGCCGCCUCCGCCCCCGUCCCCCUCGGCGCUGCUGGCCGCCCAGCCGCUCACCCCGGAGCCGCUGAACCCAGCGCGGAGCGGGCUCCCCGGCGGGGCGCCACCCGCUCGCCGGUGCCGCUCACUGCCCGAGCUCCGCCCCCUAGGAGGGCGUGGCCAAGCGGCCUCUGACCUCUCACCACGGCAGGGUCAGGGGGCAGGGGUCGGCGCCGGCCGCAGGGAAGGGAAGGAUCAUGGCGUCGUCGUCGUCGGAAGAAAGGCGGAGGAGAUCGGAGUAGACUCACGUCGUAGAUCGCCGCCCGCUGAACGCACCGAAGGGCCCCCGCCAUCCAGGACCGCCCGCGCCGGCGGCAGGCCCCAGCGCUCUCCGGAGACCGACGCGGCGUUGGGCGUACAGCGCCGGCGGUCCUACUCGAACAUUCCCCGCUCCGCCGAGCCGGUGGGGGGCGCGCGUGCGCAGCAUCUGCCGGGAAGCGCGCCUGCGCUCCACCUGCCGCACCCGGUCGAUGACGUGUACGUGACGGAGCCCAAGUGCCGGGAGGCCGACGUGAUGGCGCCUGCGCCCUCGUCCCUGUGCCGGCCGGUGGACGCGACCGCGCCGGUCGUCCGGACGCUGGCGCAGAAUGCGCCUGCGCCGAUGCCGGCGACCGGCCCCUUGUUGGGGAGCGCCGAGCUGCGGCCUGAGCAGGAGCCCGAUGAGCGGCUCUCAUGCCCCGGCUGCUGCCUGGGCGGUUUCGCCUUCCCUUUCCCCCCGGUCUGUUUGCGCUCCAACAGCCAGCCGGCCCGAUACCCGGAUCUCAACUGCGAGUCCGACCGCCUGAUCGGUGAGGAGGAGGGUGCGGCGAUGCCGGCGGGCAGGAGUCACCCGGCCUAGGGGAAUGGGGAGGGGGGCCCUGGGCCUCGGGUCUCUGUGUAAGAUCCACUCGGAGUGUUACCGUGACCCUUGAACUCAGACACCCACAUCCCAUCACUACCCCCCCCCAACACACACACCCAGUCUCCAAAAACACCAGUUGCUGGAAAAUCUCAGCAGAUCUGGCAGCAUCUGUGGAGUAUGUCUCCAAAACCAAUUCACCAAAUACUCACCCCCCCCUCAUCAUAUCACCCUUCCCCCCCCCAAAACCAAAUCCCACCCCCACCCCCAAAAUCAGUGUUCUCCAAACCCAAAUACCAUCUGCACAAAACAAAAAAAACACCCUCCACUCAACACCAACCCACAUAUCGCCUUCCCCCAAAUAUCAUGCUCCACUGAACUCACCAACCCUCCCUGAAUCUAACUCUUUAACAUGUCACACUCUCUGUAUCGGGAACAGGGGGUCCCAAAGCGCGCUCACUGUCUCUGCAAGAUUCAUUGUGAUUGUCACCUCCACACCCAACCCCCAAAGCCAAAGAUCAUCCUCCACAUAUCCCAAAAUAUGAUUCUACCAGCACCUCCAAUAUCACCCACUCUGAUAUCUUUUUUCCAAAACCCAAAUACCACCACCUCGGUGAUAGAGGUACACAGGCUCUGUCAACAAUCUCUGACGUUCAUCCUGAAUGUCCACUCCACACACAUUCACGUUCCCUCCCAUCCCAAAUAUUGCCCUCCACACAUGCCAUGCCACCAAGUACCAACUUCCCUAUCACAGAUAACCCUGUAUAGCACCCUGCACUCAAAUUUCACCAUCCAAAUAAGCACCAUCGCCAAAUAUCAUCCUUUCAGAAUCUAUGGGUCAGUGUCAUAGAGCAAGAUUUAUUCUUCACAUCAUCCCCUCUCUCUGCUACCUUUGACAUGUGGGACCCCAUACCAUUUCCCCCAUUUCUUGUCUUCCUUCUAUUGUCACUUAGUCCAGUAAGCAAAAGGCCUCACUUGUAUAUAAGUGCAUGGCUGCUUUGGUUAAAAAGACUUUACUUAGACCUUGAAAGCGCCUUAUAUUAAUCAUUUCUCUUCAUUAUAGUUUAACCCACAUAAAGGGGGAAGCUUGGUUAAUUGGUAUUGUUUAUAUUCAGCAGCAGACGUUGCUCUAAUCUGUAUGUUACCAGAGUCUGGUGCAGUCCCAUCACCCUCACCUGUGUGGAGCCUAAACCUGCUCUAUAAAGGGAUAUGCAGUCCCUAGGGGAGUUCUUUCGUCCUUUUUUAAAUCCAUGCACUCAGUUUUAUUUACUGUGUUUUUGUUUAGAAUAAGGUUGCUUGCUCACACUGUGCUUUAAGCAAUAUCAAUUACUCACAGGAGACGGGUUUAUUCUCCAAACUCCCUUCAAAGGGAGAUACCAGCCUUUCCACUGAGUGCCACCUGUAAUGUCACAGUUGGCUAUUAACCUGCCAGCUAUGGGAAUGAGAAUUAAUUUAAAUAAUUACUUCUAUAGCUCAAGAAUGUAAUUUUAUGAUGAAUUUCUUACCUGUUUAAAAUCUUGUUUUGAAUUUUGGCUGUUUUUUGCGACUGGCCAUGUUGUGUACAGACUUAGGGAAUCAGCUAUUUCACACGUGGUUAGAUGCCUGCUGGCAAUUCUUGAGUUGCCAUGGGAUUAACAGAAAGCAAAGAAGUCCUCUGUCUUUUCCUUCACUUAUGAGAUGUGGACAAGGCUGGCAUUUAUUACUUAUUUAUUUGCCAUUGAGAUGGAGGUGGCAAGCUGAAGAGAUGCAGUCGGUGGGGUUUAUAGCUUUUCAUUGUUUUUGAUAUAACAAUGAUUUUCUCGGCUGUUUCAGAGGCAGUUAUGAUUCAACCGCAAUGCUGUAGGUAUGGAGUCAUGUGUAGACCAGACCAGGUAAAGACAGCAGAUUUCUAUCCCCAAAGAAAAUUAGUAAACCAGAUGGAUUUUUACAACAAUCUGGUAGUUUCUUCAUCAUUACUGAUAUUUGCAUUUUAUUCCAAGAUUUAUUUAAAUAACUAUUAAAAUUGCCCUGCUACUAUGGUGGGAUUGGACUAUCAAUCCAUGCCUCUGGGUUACUAGCAACAUAAUCACUGUGCUACUAUACUUAUCUAUCUAUGUGUAUAUGUUGGUAUCUUUGUUACUCAUUGUAUGGGAACAGGGGAGUAGAGCAGUGAAACAAUUAAUAUCUGCACAACCAAGGCUGGCCAGAUAGUGCAUAAUGUGUCACUGAUCUGAAUAUCUCCCAAGAAAGAGGGACUGAGACACCAGUCUCUCUAAAGAUUUAUCUCCCUUAGAGACUCCUGUAAGUGCACAGGUAAUUUGUUGUAAAUUGGGCGAAUAUUGUUCUGUUUUGAGGACAUCUUUUGUAACUGUUGAAGUUAAUAUUUGCUCUAUAUUGUCUAUCUGACUGAGGGUCAGAUUUUAAUAAAGCUUUGAUCUCUGACA